UGUAGCCCUAAUACUCCAUACAAAACAAAGGGUUGGUUGAAUUGGCUCUUCACGAACACUGCAUGUUCUGUACACCUUAAAUUUAUAAUGAAAACAAACAAUAUAUUGAAUCUCUUGGCGGCGGUGUAUAUAUUGGCGGAAUCAGUGGUGACGGGCCAAAUCGGGACCAAAAGAUUCUGUUCGUCGAGAGAUUACGGCGAUUACUGUGAUUAUGUGCGCCGACCGGGAGAUGAAAGGGAUUACCGGAGC